AUUUGAUCCUACGUGACUCGAAGGCGUUUCUGAUCUAUAGACUUUGUGCUCCACCAUUCGUAUUUCAGGGCUACAUAUCAAAUCGGACGUUGUAUGAGCUGCUUGGAUCAACAUCAAAAAGGGUACAGCUCUUGUAUCCACGGUCGAGGAUUCAAAUCAUGAGAAAGCCUGGUGAAAAGGACAUCGCUGCUUCCGUGGUACCGGAAUAUGCUCAGGCAUGGGACAAGACGGUGGAAAGACGUGUGGUGCGCAAGAUCGACCUGUUCGUUAUACCUCUUAUGUGGAUUGGGUAUGGCCUCGUCUACUACGACAAAGCCAUCCUCGGAGGCGCCACUGUCUUUGGGAUGUCGACCGACCUGAAAUUAAAAGUCAUCACUGAUUCCACGACGACUCCGCCAAAGGUCUCAACGACACGUUUGAGUUGGGCCACGUCUCUGUUCUACUUUGGCAUGUUGGCCGGUGUAGGCCCGUUGACCUAUUUGUUUCAACGAUUCCAUCUCGGCCGCACUAUCGGUCUCGCCGUGAUAGCUUGGGGAGCAAUAGCAAUGUCCACCGCUGGUGUCACAACGUAUGAAGGACUGUGGGCGCAAAGAUUCUUCCUGGGCUUUGCGGAGAGCAUUAUGCCAACGGCAUUCAUGGUCAUUGUCAGUGGAUACUACACCCAAUCAGAGCAAACCUUUCGCCAAUGUUUGUGGUACUCGGCCACCGGUGGGUGGACUAUCCUUGGUGCGAUCAUCAAUUAUGGGUUCGCGCAUAUCACUUCAGGAAGACUGGCGAAAUGGCAGUAUCUAUACCUCAUGGCCGGAGCCCUGACAGUCGUAUACGGUAUCGUGUUCUUAUUCUUUCCAAAUUCACCUGCCCAAGCAUGGUGGUUCACAGAGGAAGAAAAGCCUGUCGCGAUUGAGCGCCUGCGGAUGAGUCAAUUGGGGGUUCGCUGCCAAAAAAUCAAGUGGUCACAGUUUCGGGAAGCACUGUUAGACCCGAAAGUUUGGAUCAUUGCAAUCAUGAUGGGCGCGGCUUACUCUGUUAACGGCGCUGUAUCAGGCUUUGGCCCACUGAUUGUAUCUACGUUUGGCUGGUCGGCAUACGACUCAUUGCUGUGGCAGAUGCCUCUCGGUGGAGUCUGCACUGUCGGAAUCCUGCUAGUGGGAUACCUGAGUCUCAAAGUGCCCAAUAUUCGACUGAUCAUGCUCAUUGCUUGCUGCUUGCCUGUUAUUGCCGGGUGCGCAAUGAUUUGGAAAAGUAGCUGGUACGAACAUGCGGCAACCCCGAUCGCCGGGUAUACCAUCAUCGGGUUCUUCGCGCCGGUCACGUCACUGAUAGUGUCAAUGGGCAUGUCCAAUGUGGCCGGCAACACGAAGAAGAGCUUCAUGGCUGCGGCAAUCUUUGUGUUUUAUACCGUGGGAAACAUCUCAGGACCAUUCUUCAUCCGAAGCGAAACUGUCAGCCAGCAUUAUCCGAGGCUUUGGGAAGGCAUCAUUGGCUGUUAUGUUCUGGUUGUCGUGCUGGCCGUCGUGCUCUAUGUCAUGCUAAGAGCGGAAAAUAGAAGGAGAGAUGGGCUGAAUCUCGAAGAGAAAGAGGCAGAGAAGGUCGCUUUCGAUGACCUGACGGAUAUGGAGAAUUUGCACUUUAGAUACGUGUUCGCUCUUCGGCGCAGCGCUUCGCGCCUCCUCUCCGCCCGUCCUUCUACUCUCGUUUCUGCUUCUCGCACAUAUUCAUCUCUCGGUGCUUCACCUUUAAGAAUAAGCAGACAGACCCCAAGCUUCCAGUCUCAGAGAAGAUGGGCUUCCACCGAAGGAGAAAAGACAAAGGAGCCGGAGCGUGCUGCAGAGCCUGCGAAUGCAACGGAAGCUACCGAAGAGGCACUCCCUGCUGCUGAAACCAACGAACAAUCGACAUCGGCGACCCAAGCUACUUCUAGCCACGCCGCUCCUCCAAUUGCCGAGACUGCGAAUGCUACGGAGGCUACCGAAGAGGCCUUGCCAGCUGCGGAGACGAACGAGACGCUGAGGGCGAAGCCGUCCAGGGAAGCCGCGAAUUCGGGCGUUUCGGGGGUCGGUGUAGAUGGGCUGUUUGAACGAAAGAAGACACUUUACAUCGGAAACCUGUUCUUUGAUGUCACUGAAGCCGAUCUGGUCAAGGAGUUUGCGCGUUUUGGUCCUGUUGCCAAGUGCAAGGUCGUCCGUGAUGCGCGCGGCCUGAGCAAAGGCUUUGCCUACGUCGAUUUCUCGACUCAAGAAGCGGCAGACGCCGCCCUCGAAAACCUCAACAUGCAGCUGUUUGAAGGCCGUCGGAUCACUGUCCAGUAUGCCGCCCGCCCUACGAACUCGGCGGACAACGAGAGCCGCAAUCGCCCUAAUGUAGCAAAGAACCCUCCUUCCCGAACCCUCUUCAUUGGCAACAUGUCUUUUGAAAUGACGGACCGAGACCUCAGCAAUCUUUUCCGUGGCAUCAAGAACGUCAUCGACGUCCGCGUUGCCAUUGAUCGACGCACCGGCCAGCCAAGAGGCUUUGCGCAUGCUGAUUUUAUCGAUGUCAAGAGCGCCAUGGAUGCCAUGAAGGCCUUGGCUGGAAAAGAGAUAUACGGACGAAGAUUGAGGGUUGAUUACUCCUACAGCUCAGCAAGCAGAGCGCCACGAAACGAACCCGAGGAUUCGGCACCCGCGCCUGAGUCUGGUCUACAAUAG